AUGGCCAGUAACAGCCUAGCGCAGGUGACGGAAGGGUGGCCUCUGAGACUCCUGCAUGUGGAUUCAAUGACUUCCUUCCAACGACGAGACGGCAACGUAUACAAUGGUGAGAAGGAGCCGCGUUACAACAUUCUCACAUAUACUUGGGGGCGAUUUGCGGCUGAGGGAGAGAGCUCGAUCGAGAUAGGCGGCGACCUGGAAUGGGAAAUACCAUCCAUCAAAAGGAGCCACUUCACCGCAGAGCAGUUCACAAGAAUAAUCAAGAAGAUAGGGGCCGAGAAUAGCGCCGGCUGGGUAUGGGUCGAUGUUGCCUGCAUCGAUCAACGGGAUGGCUCAGCUGCUAAAAUGGAGGAAAUCGGUCGACAAGCAGCUAUCUUUCAAAAAGCUCAGAACGUCUACGCUUGGCUAUGCACUUUGCAAUCCGAUGCCCUGCAACAGAACUUGGAUUGUCUGAGACGAGCAGCUAGAGAUAUCGAAUUCUGGAACCAAAACGCCCCGCAAUCUCGGUCUCGGAGGCGCUGGAUUUGGAGGACGGAGAAUUGUCUCCGGUACCUAUUUCGAGAUCCGUGGUUCACAUCCUUAUGGACUCUCCAGGAGGCAUUCCUCCGUCGCGAUGCAUACAUUCUCUCCAAGCAGGGCGAUGCCGUGACCUUUCCCGGAGAAACAAACAAGGCAUAUCUCUUCUCUCUCUUCGCCGACUGUUCCACAGUGUACCGCACUAUCCUUCGCCUCACACAAAUUGAUGGGGCAUCUUCUUGGGCCUAUGACGUCAUGCAGCUGGACGAAAUCAUUCAUCUCAUCGAGAAAAGUGGCUGUUACGCUCUCUACGCAAAUUGCCCAAUCACGUUGUAUGGCGCUGCUCGAUUUCGAUCUGCUUCUCAGCCGCCCGAUCGCAUAUAUGGCAUCAUGCAAGUAUUUGGCCUUCGGUUAGGCGAGAGCUCGGCGCCGGGCCACUCUUUCUCUCUCGCGCAACUCGAAUUCCAGCUAGGCCAAGCGCUAAACGAGCGGUCCCCCAUCCUGGCGCAGCUUUUCGUCCACCUCACGGCCGCCGACGGGCACACCUGGAGGAUCAGUGAGAAUUCCACCACUCCAGAGAGAGGGCGAGGCGUUGUCCAACCAAAACAGCUUUGCGAGAUCUCUGCUGAUGAAACUGGUCGCAUGAUGUUCUAUGGGAAAUCGUGCUAUUGGCCUGACCUCGUCCGGUAUUGGGAGGCUAUCAAGAACCAGCGGAUUCGGCAAGGAAAGGCAUUCACUCCCUCUAUACACCUGGAUCAGGGUACUAGCGUAGCUAGAAGGAUGCCAAAACUCUGGCUCUCACUGAAUCUUGACUUCGGAAAGGAGCAUGAUGUUAUAGCACAAUGGAUUGUAACAGAGUGCAAAUGCCCUGUGCGGGCUGCUCACCUAGGAGAAACCAAGGGGCUCUUUCUAGGAAGGGCGGUAACAUUCCAGGUGGCCGUGAUUUUAGCUGACCUGGAAGGCAUUGCAGAGUGGAGUCGCCUCGGCUUUUGUAUGUGGGAGAACUCUGUGCUAGAUCCUCCGGCUACUUACGGAGACGUUUGGAGCCCCUUCGAAGGGCAUCUGGUCUGA